AGCCUGCUUCUGCUGUAGCGAGGGAUAUUUUCCGUUGCACUUCAGUUCUGUUUGAGCUCAUCUGCCGGACCUUUUUCAUUCUCACCCUUUAUGUCUUAGUGCCAGUAGGCUCGUAGUUGUUUUAUUCUCGUAGCUGUACAUUUUCAACAACAUGUGGUGCUUCGUGUCGCGCCCGGAUUCCGUCCUGCUGGAGGUGGAACUUGGACCGAAGGCCUGUGGACAGGAAUGCCUUGACAAGGUAUGCAAGAAGCUCGGAAUCGUGGAGGUCGAUUACUUCGGGCUGCAGUACUCGGGUGGCAAGGGCACCGACUCCCGACCACUGUGGCUCAACACCCGUAACCGCCUGAGCCGGCAACUGGACGGCCCACCACCUUACCGUCUUCGGUUCAGAGUAAAGUUCUUCGUCCCACCCCACCUCCUUCUGCAGGAGGCCACCAGACAUAUGUUCUACCUGCACCUGAAGGAAGACUUGGCAGAAGGGAGACUGACUGCUCCUACCAACAAAGCAGCCAGGAUUGCUGCCCUGGUCGCACAGGCAGAAACAGGAGACUACGACUGCAACAACGCAGAUCUGUACGCCAGCUGCUACCCUGCCUACCUACCAACAUGGUCCAACGACCUCCUUUCCGCCAUCGCCGCAGAGCACGACAAGAUCAGGGGCAUGAAGCGGGCAACGGCCGAGUACAACAUGGUCAAGGAGUGCUCCGAGCUGGACGGUUACGGACAAGAGAACUACGCAGUGAAGGAUAGCAGUGGCAUCAACAUGCACAUUGGAGUGGGACCAGAGGGUAUCCUCCUUAUGGAUGAUGACCUGAAUACCAUUCAGAGUGUGCUGUUCACCCAGGUACAGAUGGCCACUCAUGCAGGGAAGUGCUUCUUUCUGACGAUACUGGAAACGACAGGGACUAAUACAACUCUCGGGUUCAAGCUCCCGAACACCAAGAUGGCCAACGCCCUCUACCGAGCCGUGACAGAGAAACACGCAUUCUACCGGUGCGAGACCGUGAGGAGCGCUGUCAUCACCCAGUUCAGCCGAGACUUUAAGGGCACUCUGGUGUCUCUGUUUAAUGAGAACACUGUUGUUGGGAAAAAGUAUGUGUUUGACGUGCGCCGCACCUGCCGUGAGGUUUACGAGGAGACCAGGAGAUUACUGUACACGCGGGGAACAGCGGUGCAACUGCCGCCAACCACGACAAACUCCUUGAACAAUCUGUCGGAAGGCUGUCGAUGCGAUGACAUCGACUGCAGGUGUGGGUGUGUGGAAGCCGUGGAACUGCAGGAGCGUAUUUGUAAGCUGGAGGAAGCGUUGUUGUGUCGGGUGUGUAUGGAUGAGGAGAUCAGCACGGUGUUCUCCCCAUGCGGACAUGUUGUUUGUUGCGACGAGUGUGCAGCGUGCCUGGAUGUGUGCCCACUCUGCCGGACAGGGGUGGAACGGACUCAGCACAUAUUCCUACCCGCACAGAUCUCUCGGCUGGACAUUGAAUCUUGUACACAACAGGGUAGAGACUCGUUACAGUGCUCUUUGGUGAGCACGUAAAGGGUGAAAGUUGUGCCAAAGCAGUUGUCACAAAUCUGUAGAACAGUUGUAUAGUGUGUCAGUCUGAGCUGAUGUCAAAGCCAAACUUAACUUUCCUGUUGUUGGUAUAAUGUUAUAUUUGUUAUUAGGUACUGUAGUCGUAGCAAGAAAUCUAAAAAAGGGGGGGAAGGGUGCUGACAAUGCGCAGGUUAUUUGAUAUUGCAUUAUUAUGCUGUAAUGUUUUAUAUCACAAUGUUGCGAAAUAAUAUGGACUAAAAAGACAUUCAGUUAAUGACUUUGUAAUCACAUUAAUUGCAAGGACCAACAAGACAUAUUUGUACUGCUAUAAAUGCACUAUAGUGAUAUGGUUAACUUGUUAACUGUUGUAUGGAUAGGAUAGCUUUAAACAUUUGUUAGAAAAUGAUUUGUUGCCAGUAUGAGCCGGUAUGCAGUCCAUUAAACAGUUGUCCCUUGAUUCCAUGGAAAAUAAUUGUUAUAAGCAAGGAUCUAUUGAAACCUCCUUGUUAUAAGUUGGUUUAUAGUAUGGAAGACGAGCAGCAGGCCAGUCUUACAAUUUAAAACACAGCAAAUGCCUGGUGCUUUUGUCCUAAUCGAUGCUGGAGGACAGCAAGGUACAUAUUCAGAAAAAGUUAACAAGAUUAAGCAGCGACAACCUAACUGUACCACCCUUUCCUAUAAGAUUGGACCUGAACAUUCAAGUGAACUUGCCUGUUCAGCAAUCAUCAAACUUCAAUAACCGUUAUGAAAAGUUGGGCAUUUUCAUUGUCCUAAGUAGUACCUUGCUGUUCCUACCCUUAGUAGUUAGAUAAAUUAAAUUACCUAACUGCAAUACCCACUUGGAGUGGACAGAGAAUGGGUGUAUUGUUAGCAGCUGGAAAUCCCUGUUGUUGCAAUGGUAUUAUAUUAUAUGAUCACCAUGUGUAUAAUAUGUAGCACAGACCGCAGAUUUUGGUUGGUCAUGAUUAUGUAGGGAUUUGUACCGGUACUGAUGUUUUGCAAUGCACUCAUUACUAUGAACCUUACAGCUAUCAGAGCUGUAUAUGUACAGAGUUGUUGGGGCAGUCCGAGCCCUCUCUCUUCAACCAAGUGAAGAAGAAGUAGCAAAUUGAAUGAGUCUGUGAUGUGUUGUCAGGUCUAUGUAUACAUUAAUUUACUGCAGUACUGCCCGUAGACGCUAGGGGCUGAAUGUGUACUGCCCACACCAAGCCUGACAUAAUGUCCAGACUUAUUUAUAUAGGUCAAAUUAUAGAUGGGCCUGUAUUUAACUCCUAAGUGAACAAAUUUUAUAUAUUAGGUAAUUUUAAAAAACAAAAAGAAUAUGUACACCUAAAUAUUACAUUUACUUUUGUUAUUGUUCUUGUACAUGAUGAUAUUGUGGCGUCAAGUGCAUUAUCAGGGAGUGGAGAUGUUCGAAGUUGCGAGGUAAGGUCAUGAGUUGUCCCUGCAGGUCAGUGCAAUUGGCACGUGUCACCAUGUUGUGAUCUCUUGUAUGAACAAAAUAAAUUGUUCAAAGUUUA